AUGUAUGAUACUACGCCGCUUUAUCACGCAGUAACUUUUAAAAGUAAACACGCAGUAAACACUCUGUUGAAAGCUGGCGCUUGGUUGACAAUCGGUUCCUGUUACCAAACGGAGUUGCACGAGGCUGCCGCUAAUGGCUCAUUAGACAUACUGGAAACGUUUUUCAACGACCCGAGAAUAACGGUCGAGGAUAUCAAUAAAACCGACGCCUACAGGCGAACGCCCCUACACAGAGCCGCCUUGGGAGGCCAUAAGGAUUGCAUAAAGGCGCUUCUCAACCGCGGAGGUAGCCUAAUAGGAUCUACCAGACUCAGUAAGGAAACCGUCAUGGAUGUUAUUUUUGCACAUAUUCCACGACCCGCUGAUUUCAUUAAGGAAAUCUUUGACUCUAAAAUAACGAAGACUCCCAUACCUCGUCAAGAGGGCAACAGCAUCAAAGUAACUCUAGAUUUCAGUGUCUUGGCACCACACGGCAACGAGAGACAGAUGGACGUUUUGUGGAGUAUGUUUUCAGCCGCUACUGAAAAAGAGAAGGUUACGCUACUGCAACACCCUCUAAUCGAAUCGUUUCUUCAUCUGAAAUGGGCGAAAAUUCGACCAUUUUUCUACCUGCUGAUCGCAACUUACACGCUUUUCGUAUUGUGUUUAUCAGCUUAUGUCGUAUUGGGAAUACACAACGUCGGAAAAUUUCCGAUACUCACUUCCGUUUUUCGCAUGUUAGUGUUCCUAACUGGCGGCGGUCUCUUCAUUCACGCGUUAAUACAGUUUAUUCUAUCAAUUAGAAAGCACUUCUUUAGGCAGCAUGAAUUAUGGAUGAACCUAACAAACACCGGGCUUGCUGUUGUAAUUGCCAUUUCGGGAUUUAGUGGUCACGCAGGCCUUCCGGCCACUUCGUACGAAGAUCUACCGGAAUGGACGUUACACUGUGCCAGCGUUGCAGUUCUGCUAUCUUGGUCGGAAUUAAUGCUAUUAAUUGGACGCUCGCCGUCCUACGGGUACUACGCUUUAAUGUUUGCCGCCGUUCUUCAGAAUAUAUUAAAGGUACUAUUGACGUUUGUUUGCCUCGUAAUCGGAUUUGCGUUGAGUUUUUCAAUUCAAUUUUACGGUUUCGAGGAGUUUACUAAUCCCUGGCAUUCUGUAGUGAAAACAACGGUUAUGAUGAUGGGGGAAUUCGAGUAUACGGAUUUGUUUAAAGGCAGGGAGGAAGAGCAACAGUCACGUUUACGUUUAACUUCACGGAUCGUCUUUAUGUGCUUUAUUAUCCUGGCUAGUAUAGUGCUGAUGAACUUGAUGGUAGGUGUCGCUGUCAGUGAUAUUCAGGGACUGCAGGAGGAAGGUCACGGCAGACGACUGGAAAAGCAAGCGGAGUUUAUAAGGCAAUUCGAGAAAGUCAUUUCGGUCAAAGUAGUAGAUUCGAAAUGGUUCCCGAAUAUUAUAAGGCGCUAUUUGAGGAGAAGGGGAUGCAUUCAUUUACAGUUAAUGAUUCAGCCUGAACUUACGGGUUACCGUUCUUUCGACGAAAAAUCCACAAGAAAGCUCCCUUUGGAGUUAGUUGAAUCGAUUGUUAGUAUGGCGACGAAUAAGGACGAGAACGCCGAUGUAUUUCGAAAUGUGAGACUGGAGGAAAUAGUGGAGGCCCUAAAAGCAGUUUUGUGUAAUAAUAAUAACCCAGAGAGAAGGAUAACCAGAUAACUGACGUAAUAAUAAUCCCGACAGUUUUACGUGCGAGUAUAUAAUGUGGAGAGAUGCAGUAAAACGUAUAUCCAGACUGGUGGCGGCAUCAUUUUUAGAGAAGGGAUCAAUUACUCGCACUGUCUUAUAAAAAUUUAACAGUUAUGACCAGUACGGCGUAUAGUUGCAGGCGAAAUUUGUAAGUGCAUUGUUACGAUGUAAUGAAAAUUAUGCAAACCUGGUCCGGUAAAGUUAUAGUUACACUAUUCUCCAGGCUUGUAUCACACCUUGCUUCCGUAACACGAUCGAGUACCGCACAUUUGUUAGCUCUCAUGUUAAAUUAGUUUAGUUGAUAUUAUAGAAUUUUUUAGUAUGUAAAUAAUUUAUUUGUAGCUCGA